AUUCUGGGUUCAGGUUAAUUUUUCUCAGCGUGCGUAAAAAACCCUGUCCCUGUUUCUAACUUCUUUAUCACCAGAUGGUGAAAUGUGAAGGAUCAAAUGCAUAAUCUGUUCCAACUUUUUACGCAGCAUUUGAGAUUUGAGGACGUGGGUCGGUCUCGGAUUGCAUGCUAGGUUUUUGUCGAAGGAAGGACGUUAUGAAGAAGACAAGGAAAAGGACGGUAAACAAGGAAGAGAUCUGUGAGGAUUGGUGCUUUGUUUGCAAAGAUGGUGGAUUGCUAUUUACUUGCGACUACAAGCAGUGUCUAAAAGCUUAUCAUGCUCGAUGCGUGGGAAAGGAUGAACCAUUUUUCAAUUCCGGGAACCGCUGGAGUUGUAAAUGGCAUUCUUGCUUAAUUUGCCACAACAGCUCAAAGUAUCAUUGCUUUUGCUGCCCGAAUGCUGUGUGCAAACGCUGCAUGAUUGACACGGAGUUUGCAUGUGUUAGAGGGGAAAAAGGAUUCUGCAAUCACUGCUUAAAGCUUGCCCUACUUUCGGAAGAGAACGUCCAUGUUGACUCUGAUGGGGAGCAGGUAGACUUUAAAGAUCGAGAUACAUAUGAGGGUUUAUUCUGGGAAUAUUGGGAGAUAAUCAAGAAGCAAGAAUGCUUGACUUUGGAGGAUCUCCGUUUUGCUGAUGCUCAACUGAAGAAGGGUGAAAACUUUAAGUCUGACUCAUAUGUAGUCGAAUCUGAGGAGGAUGAAGACAGUCAAUUAAGAUCUGAUUACGAGGAUGAAGAUGACGUAGAAGAACCCAAACCAAUGAAGAGAAAAAACAAAUCCAAAGGGCAGCAACUUGUGAUUGAAAGGAAAGUAGUGUCGAAUAAAAGAGAGUUCAUCGGUUGGGGUUCAAAAUCCCUCAUACAUUUUCUUGCAUCAAUAGGUAAAGACACGAGCAAAGAAAUAUCACAAGCCCAAGUGUCUAAUAUCAUUACUGUAUAUAUCAACGAAAACAGGCUCUUUGACUCGGAGAAAAAAAGGAAGAUUUUAUGUGACGAAAGACUGAAAUCUGUUUUGGGGAGGAAAACAGUGAACCGGAAUAAAAUAUAUGACCUCCUGGAGCCUCAUUUUGUCGACAACCUACAGCCAUCAGAGGAUGAAGUUGGAUACUGCUCAGAAGAGAAGGAUGAAAAUGUGUUGGUGGCCUGUAAAAAGCAGAAAAAGUUGAGUACAUGUAGGAAAAUCCAGGAAAAAGAGGAGGUGUUUAAUGCUUCGCAGAGCUGUUUUGCUUCCAUCACUUCUGAAAACAUUAAGCUUGUCUACCUGAGGAGGAGCCUAGUGCAGGAGCUAUUGAAGCAACCUGGAAACUUUGAAGGCAAGUUACUAGGAAGCUUUGUCAAAGUCAAAUCAGAAUUCAUUGACUUCACUCAGAGAAGUUCUUAUCAGCUUCUGCAAGUCACAGGAAUGAGGAAGGUAACAGUGGGGGAAACCAAGACAGAAAUUCUUCUCCAAGUUUCAAAUAUGUCAAUCAACAUAGGUGUUGAUAUGCUUUCAGAUGAUGACUUUUCCGAGGAAGAAUGCGAAGAUUUACGACAAAAAGUGAAAGAUGGGCUACUGAGAAAGCUUACUAUAGUGGAGCUUGAGCACAAGGCCAAAAGUCUGCAUGAGGACAUAACAAACCAUUGGAUUAAUAGAGAGCUGGCUGUAUUGCAAAACCUCAUUGAUCGUGCAAAUGAGAAAGGUUGGAGAAGAGAACUGUUUGAAUACAUGGAGAGAAGAAAGCUACUUCAGACACCAGAAGAGAAGCUGCAAUUGUUAGAAACAGUUCCCAGGGUGAUUGCAGAUGUAGCAGAGGUUGAACCUACGUCCAACGAUGCCAUUAAAGAAUCUAAACAGGAAGAUGGAAGGUCGCCGAAAUCCAUCCUCAUGGGGAGUUCAGAAUCUCCUGUUGAUAAUAGGGGAGGCAGUGGAAUUCCUUCAGGUAUUACAGACGCCGGAGGAGAUAGAGCUAUCACCAACUAUGAUUUUGGGAAUUUUGGAUUCAGUUCAGCUACUUAUGGAAAUGGAAAUGCAAAAGGAACGCAGCAGGAGACCAUUGGAAGCAAUAGAAAAGUUGCAGAAGGGAAUGAACAGACAUGCUGUGCAUCUAUUCCAGAAGCAAAGCAAAGUCCUGCUACUGAAACAUGUAUCAUAGAAGAACAGCCUUGCCUGAUUACUUCAGAAGAGAAAGCAAGGCAUUCCAAAGUUUCCGUUAUUGUUGAUCAACCUAGUGUUGCUGAGAAGCGAAACCAGUCAAAAGAUUUGGAACAAAAAAGUAUGAGAAUUGAAGAGGCACCAGCGGUUCAGUUGAUUGACUUGAGUAGUGAUGAUGAUGACAAUGAUGAUACUGACAUUACAAUUAGUAAGGAGAAAAUUGAAGACCAAGACGCGUCCCUAUGGCUUUGUCUCGGCCCAAAUGAAGAAAGAAUGGGGCCUCUCUCACUGCCAUUGUUGAAGCGUUGGAGCGAGACUAGUUCGUUUGCUUUGAAAUUCAAGGUGUGGAAAACAGGUGAGAGAGAAGAAAAUGCAAUCUGGAUGAGUGAGGCCAUUAGACUGCCUUCGCUGGAAAACUAGGAGUUGUUUGUUUUCGUUGUACAUCCUUUACAAGAUUGGAAGCCUGGUGUUAUGUGAAUAUUGUUCCACAGAAAAAAUUCCAGAAAUGUGGAAGAUAUAGGCAAAGCUAGCUGCUUCAUUUUCUCUUAUGUGGAAGCAGAAUAGGUUUAAUGAAAGAAUACAUCACAGGAAAGCAAAUAUCUUUUUUAGCAGGAAAGCAAAUGUAUCUAUCAGAAGUCAAUGUUCUGAUGUCUCAAAAUGUUCAGGGUUGUGAGGAGAAAAGCUGUUUUCUU